AUGCGGUCGAGCCGGCAGCGUGGAGAUCGGAGCGCGGUGGCCGGCGGCGGGUGUGGGGCGCGGCGGUGGGCGCUCCCUCGCUGCGGUGCGCUCUGCCUGCUGCUCGCCCUCGGCUGCCUGCUGACUGCCACCGACGGUGCAAAAACAAAAUGUGAGGAAUCCCAGUUCCCCUGUAGUAAUGGACGCUGUAUUCCUUUACUCUGGAAAUGUGAUGGUGAUGAAGACUGUUCAGAUGGCAGUGAUGAAAGUGCUUGUGAUAUGAGAACAUGCCGGGUAAAUGAAAUCAGCUGUGGUCCUCAGUCAACCCAAUGUAUCCCAGUGUCCUGGAAAUGUGAUGGUGAAAAAGACUGUGACAGUGGAGAAGAUGAAGAGAAUUGUGGCAACGUGACAUGUAGUGCAGCAGAGUUCACAUGCAGUAGUGGACAGUGUAUUUCCAAGAGCUUUGUCUGCAAUGGUCAAGAUGACUGCAGUGAUGGUAGUGAUGAGUUGGAGUGUGCACCUCCAACAUGUGGUGUUCAUGAGUUCCAGUGCAAGAGCUCAACUUGCAUCCCUAUCAGCUGGGUGUGUGAUGAUGAUGCUGACUGCUCUGACCACUCUGAUGAGUCUUUGGAGCAAUGUGGCCGACAGCCUGCACCUCCUGUGAAGUGCUCUACCAGUGAGGUGCAGUGUGGCUCGGGUGAAUGUAUCCACAAGAAGUGGCGCUGUGAUGGAGAUCCUGACUGCAAAGAUGGAAGUGAUGAAAUCAACUGCCCUUCUCGGACCUGCAGACCAGACCAGUUCAGGUGUGAAGAUGGGAACUGCAUCCAUGGGAGUAGGCAGUGCAAUGGUGUGAGAGACUGUCUGGAUGGCACUGAUGAAGCAAACUGUAACAAUGUUAUUCAGUGUUCUGGACCUGGCAAAUUCAAGUGCAGAAGCGGAGAAUGCAUAGAUAUUAAUAAAGUGUGUAACCGUCAGGGAGACUGCAAGGACUGGAGUGAUGAGCCUCUCAAGGAAUGUAACAUAAAUGAAUGUUUAGUCAACAAUGGUGGAUGCUCUCACAUCUGCAGAGAUCUUGUUAUUGGCUAUGAAUGUGACUGUCCAGCUGGGUUUGAGCUUGUAGACAGGAGAACCUGUGGAGAUAUUGAUGAAUGCCAGAAUCCUGGUAUCUGUAGCCAAAUCUGUAUCAACCUGAAAGGGGGUUACAAGUGUGAAUGUAGCCGUGGCUAUCAGAUGGAUCUUGCUACAGGAGUGUGCAAGGCUGUGGGGAAAGAACCAUGUCUAAUUUUCACCAACCGACGGGAUAUCAGGAAGAUUGGCCUUGAGAGAAAAGAAUACAUUCAACUAGUAGAGCAGCUAAGAAACACAGUUGCUCUAGAUGCUGAUAUUGCUGAGCAAAAGCUUUAUUGGGCUGACUUCAGCCAAAAAGCAAUUUUCAGUGCUUCUAUUGAUACCCGUGAUAAAGUUGGUACACAUACUAGAAUCCUAGACAACAUAUACAGCCCUGCAGGAAUUGCUGUUGACUGGAUUUAUAAGAAUAUCUACUGGACUGAUUCAUCUGCAAAGACCAUUUCAGUGGCAAGCCUGAAUGGCAAGAAAAGAAAGGUUUUAUUUCUUUCUGAGCUGAGAGAGCCAGCUUCUAUUGCUGUGGAUCCUCUGUCUGGCUUUAUGUACUGGUCAGACUGGGGUGAACCAGCAAAAAUUGAAAAAGCAGGAAUGAAUGGAUUUGACAGACAGCAGCUUGUGACAACAGAAAUCCAGUGGCCUAAUGGAAUUGCUCUAGAUCUUGUAAAAAGCCGUCUGUAUUGGCUUGAUUCUAAGCUACAUAUGCUGUCAAGUGUGGAUCUGAAUGGCCAGGAUCGUAGACUUGUGCUGAAGUCUCAUAUGUUCCUUCCUCAUCCUCUUGCUCUAACAAUAUUUGAGGAUCGUGUAUUCUGGAUUGAUGGAGAGAAUGAGGCAGUCUAUGGUGCCAACAAAUUUACUGGAGCUGAAUUGGUCACCCUGGUAAACAACCUCAAUGAUGCGCAGGACAUCAUUGUUUAUCAUGAACUUGUUCAGCCUUCAGGCAGGAACUGGUGUGAAGAGAACAUGGUAAAUGGAGGCUGUAGCUACCUGUGCCUGCCUGCUCCUCAGAUAAAUGAACACUCUCCGAAGUAUACUUGUGCAUGUCCAUCUGGAUAUGUCUUGCAGGAGGACGGUCUGAGAUGUGAAGUUUCAGGUACUGGAACAACUGUGGCUUACACUGAGACUAAAGAUACCAGCACAACUGAAAAAUCUCCAACUGUUGGACUAGUUCCUGGAGGUUUCAACAUCAGUAGUGUGGUGUCUGAAGUAGCUGCAAGAGGAGCAGCAGGAGCUUGGGCUGUUCUUCCUAUCUUAUUGCUGGCGAUGGCUGCAGUGGCUGGCUACUUCAUGUGGCGUAAUUGGCAGCACAAGAACAUGAAAAGCAUGAAUUUUGAUAAUCCCGUCUAUCUGAAAACUACAGAAGAGGAUCUCACAAUUGAUAUUGGCAGACAUGGUGGUUCAGUUGGACACACCUACCCUGCAAUAUCUGUUGUAAGCACAGAUGAUGAUAUGCUGUGAGCACUGGAUCAGUAAUCACUUUCAGUUUACUUUGUGUUUUACACUUACGGGGAUGAUAAACAUGCUUGUGGCUGAAAGACUUCCUCCGUUCUUUGGAAGAAUGAAGAAACUUUCUCUGUGUAUGGAACACUUACAUAAUUUGCUGUUUUAUACAGUUUAACAACCAACUCUGUAAAUACCUGUCCACAACAAUUCAGCUUUUAGUGGUUACUGUUUUAUCAGUAACCCUUGAAUUGGUCAGUCAGUAACACCACUGGCCAAAUACAAAGCACUUUCCAUAGAAAGCCAUAUUCCAGCCACAACUUGUGCUAUAGUAUAACAGCUGUACAUAUGUGUAUAUGCCACUUGUAAAUAUUUCUGGAAAAUCACUAUCAAGCACUUUGAAAUACUUAAAAUGUAAAUUAUUGUACACUGUCUUUUUCAAUGGUUGGGGCAAUGGCAAUAGGAAAAAACGGGUUACUAUGAUUGCCAAAAAUUUGUAAGCAUAAGUAAUUUUGUAUGUAUGACUGAAACAACAUUGUCUCAUACCUCUUAGAGCUCUACAGGUAUGAAUGCUCUUUGGGGAAACCACUGUAAAUCUGAAAUUCAGAGAAGGGGGAGAAAAUAAUAAUAAAAAAAACAAAACCAAAAACUAAGCAGUUAAAGUAUUGGUCUCCAUUAUUCUCCUCCCACUGUAGUGGAACAUGUCUCCAGAGUCAGUAAGAGUGUGAAGUGCUGGCUGAAGUUAUUUCAGCAGUACCUAGACUGUGAAGGGAGUACUGACCUGACAGCUGCUUGAGCAGGGGUCUGACCGUGUUGUCUUUUAUAAGAGUCCAGGUGGACAACUGGAGUAGGUUUUUGUUUUUUUUUUUUUUUUU